CUCUCGCUCUCUCUCAACUAGUAUGUAGCCCAGUGGGAUUUGCUUGUUGAUCUCUCUCUCUCUCUCUCUCUCUCUCUCUGCAGUCAGUACUCGGGUCCCCACAGCCAAGUACACCAAGGUGGGAGAGACGUUGAGACAUGUGAUCCCAGGUCACAUGCAGUGCUCCAUGGCGUGUGGAGGGAGGGCCUGUAAAUACGAGAACCCGGCCCGCUGGAGUGACAAGGAGCAGGCCGUUAAGGGACUGUACUCCUCAUGGAUAACUGACAACUUGCUGGCGAUGGCAAGGCCUUCUACUGAAAUCCUCGAGAAAUACAAUAUCAUUGAACAGUUUACAAGGUGUGGCCUUCGUACGGUGAUCAACCUGCAGCGUCCCGGGGAACACGCCAGCUGUGGUAACCCUCUGGAACACGACUCUGGAUUCACCUACAGACCUGAGAUGUUCAUGGAGGCUGGCAUCUAUUUCUAUAACUUCGGCUGGAAGGACUACGGCGUGGCGUCCCUGACUACUAUACUGGACAUGGUCAAGGUGAUGUCGUUCGCCAUCCAGGAGGGAAAGAUGGCCGUCCACUGUCACGCCGGCCUAGGGAGGACAGGUGUGUUACUGGCGUGUUAUCUGGUGUUCACCUUUCGUAUGAGUGCGGACCAGGCCAUCCUGUUUGUCAGAGCCAAGCGGCCCAACUCCAUUCAGACUCGAGGCCAGCUGCUGUGUGUCCGGGAGUUCGCCCAGUUCCUCGUUCCGUUGAGGAACGUGUUCUCCUGCGCAGAACCCCGGGCCAACGCUGUUACGCUGUCCCAGUUCCUGACUCGCCAACGCCACCUGCUGCACGGGUACGAGGCGCGGCAGAUGAAGAACGUGCCAAAGAUCGUCCAGCUGGUCUGCAAGGUCCUCCUGGACAUCGCUGCCAAUAGACAGGUGGUGGUGGAGGAGGAGGUGUUGGAGGUUCCAGACCUGACGGCGGAGGUGGAGAAGACAGUGUCCCAGCAGGCCAUCCAGCUGCUGGGGAAGGAGAUGAGAGGGAAGGGCAUCACUGUGCCUUCACCACGCCAGCCUUGUCCCCGCCCUGAGACAACCCUAUCCCAUACACUACACAUGGAACGACCUCUCACUCCUUACCUAGCACUACUCCAGGAACCAGAGACCCCUCUCAGCCCAGCCCUGGCCCACGACCCAGUUCUGUCCAGUGACCAGGAGCUGGACCCUCUGUGGCAGCGGCAGAACUGGGUGGCAGCCUCCCUCCUGAACCCUCUGCAUCCGGGGAAACGCUUGCUGAGCUACAGUGACUCAGCCCUGUAUAAGCUAGACCCCAGACGAAACCCAGACCAGGAGCAGAACCAGGUCUGGAGCAUCCCUUGCUGCAAUCCUCUGACCCAGCACCAACUAGCCACAGCCUGGGAGCCCCCCACAUCCCCUAGCCUCCCUCCACAGCACCACCCCUUCUCCAUGGGAGAGCAGACAAGGGAGGAGAGGCGAGGAGGACAGGACAGGAGUUCUAAGGAGAGGUAUCACCAGACCCGGAAGAACAUGUCUCCUCUCUUCCAGAGACGGAAGCAGCUCUGUGAGGGCCAGCGAAGUCUGUCUUUUGGGUUUGGGGGUAGUCUGUCCAAGCCCUUAGGAGAAGAGCUGUCAGAGGGGAGGCCGUGGAGAGGAGAUAUGCCUGUGAUGAGCCUUACAGGAGGAGAGGAGUCUGUGUGUGGGGUAGACAGGGCUGGAGACAGAGAGGACAGAGAGAGGGGGAAGGCUGGAGAAAGAGAGGACAGAGAGGACAGGGAGAGGCUGACAGAGGUCCCUGUCGUCACCCUGUAUGCUGAGCUGCCCCUGGAAGACAGACGUCUGCUGGUGGCCAGAGCUCUGGCUGUGGGCCUGACUGAUGAAGAUCUCCGCUACAAGGUCUCAGUGUGGCAGACAGAGCUCAACUCCAGAGAAGGAGCCUGGGAGAGGCUGAGUCUAGAGAGAGACCCCGUGGUGCUGGCUGGUCUCAUGUGGUCCUGGCUGGAGCAGCUCAAAGAGCCAAUCAUCUCCCCUCAGGAUGUCCAGGCCCUGGGCCAGAAGAACUCUCAGCAUGCACUCAACUCUCUGGAGAAGGGCCACAGACUGACCCUGCUCUGCAUCUUGGACUGUGCUGCUCAUCUGCUGGCCUUACCUGACAAGGAGGAAGCUGACUUCCUCAAUCGCACCAUCAGGGUGUUCACUAAGAUCUCCUCAGAGAGUGACCAUGUUCUACACCAGACACUGAUAGCCACCCUGACUCCCGUCCUGCACCAGCUGAGAGAAAGAGCAGAGGGGGAGAUGGAGUCUACCAACCACUCCUCCUGAUGUUCCCUCGGACCUCCUCACCCCCCCCCCCUUCUUCUUUGCUUCUAGUUUAACCCAGCUCUGUUCUGACUAGCUAACCUCCUUCCGCCUCUCCUCCCCCUCUUUCUCUCUCCUGGCCCCACGUUAAAGGAAAACUCCACCCAAAACUAUAUUUUGGUAUUUGUUAAAUUAGUCCAAUGUUGACAUAGUCCUAAACUGUUUUGCUUGUCAGCAAUCACGUUUUUAAGAUAUGUAACUUUCAGAAUGCAUCAUAUGGGGAUGAUUUCUGUAUUUUGAAAGUUACAUAUCUUGGAAACUGGAUUACUGACAAGCAAAAUAGUUUGGUACUGUGUCAACAUUGGACUAAUGAAGCAAAUCCCAAAAGAUAGUUUUGGGUGUAGUUUUCCAUGAAGCUCUGUACUGACUAGCUAACGGACGACACUCCUGCUGCUGCUGUGUUCUCUACUGUUACCAAGCUUUAGAUGAAAUAAUUAUGAGUUUGUAUGACAACGUGAUGUGAUUUCAGCAUCCAGAUUUGUUUUUGUUUUGUUUUUAGCUAUUUCUUACUGUUUGUUUAUUUAAUGUAAAACUGCCAUACUGUGUUAAGGGGAUUGUUUCAGCUACUGAGAGUUCUGAUCUCAUCUACUACUGUAGGUGUUGCCGUGGAAACGGAUGGUAGGCCUCUGUUUUUAGGGUGAGUUGCAAAUAGGGCCACUACUAUAGACCAGAGCCCUAUUCCCUAUAUAGUGCACUACUUUAGACCAGAGCCCUAUUCCCUAUAUAGUGCACUACUUUAGACCAGAGCCCUAUUCCCUAUAUAGUGCACUACUAUAGACCAGAGCCCUAUUCCCUAUAUAGUGCACUACUUUAGACCAGGGCCCUUUUCCCUAUAUAGUGCACUACUUUAGACCAGGGCCCUUUUCCCUAUAUAGUGCACUACUUUAGAUCAGGGCCCUAUUCCCUAUAUAGUGCACUACUUUAGACCAGUGCCCUAUUCCCUAUAUAGUGCACUACUUUAGACCAGAGCCCUAUUCCCUAUAUUGUGCCGUGGGCCCUGGUCUGAAGUAGUGCACUAUAUAGGGAAUAGGGCCCUGGUCGAUAGGUUGGUUUUUGUCAACAUUGACUGGAAAGGGAAUCCUCAUGAAAUGAAUGUAAAUGUUAUUUAUUUCAGUGGAGAUUUGAACUGCUGCUUUGCUCAGCUCUCAGAGCUGAAGAAGAGAAAAUAAAACACUUGAUUUAAUUUGAACCAAAAUAUAUUUUCACUGUCUAAAACGGA